CAUCUCUCGUCCGACUUACCAGCCAUCGAUGACGAGAUUAAUUGCUCUCCAUAGAGCGGGAUGUAUCGGUCUCUUGCUAGGUUAAUCGCCUAACAUGCUGGUCCAAAUGGCUGGUAGCAAAACGCCACUGGGUGUUCCCUUCCAUGGCGGCUAGUACAUAUAUACCUUGCAUUCAGCCACUCACCUCACACGCGAUCAGACGCGAUGUCUUGUGAACAUUUACAUAUAAUUGCAAGCAAUACAGGAGCAAAAUGGUGCAGAUCAAUAUGUUUGGGACAGGCUUCACCCUGCAAGCCGCCAUCUGGGCAGCCUGUGGAAUGGCCUUCAUCCUCUUCGGUUACGAUCAGGGUGUCUUCUCCGGGAUCGUGGAGAAUGAUGACUUCCUCGACACCAUGAAUCAUCCCAAUGACAGCCUCACAGGCAUCAUUGUCUCCAUUUACAACCUGGGCUGCUUUGCCGGCUGUCUCGUCAACUUCAUGCUGGCAGAACGGCUGGGAAGACGCAGAGCAAUGUGGUUUGCUAUGGUCUGGGUCAUAAUUGGAGCUACUCUGCAAUGCUCCGCCUUCUCAGUACCGCAUCUGAUGAUCGGUCGCUUUGUCACGGGCAUUGGCACUGGGAUCGAGACAUCCACAGUGCCCAUGUACCAGGCAGAACUAUGUGAGGCCAACAAGCGCGGACGGCUUGUCUGCAGCGAACCCCUCUUAGUGGGUGUGGGAAUUGUCAUCAGUUACUUCUUCGACUAUGGUAUGGGAUUCGUCGGCGGUCAAGUCGCUUGGAGACUUCCUAUUGCAUGCCAGAUGCUCUUUGCGUUUGUGGUGGUAAUCCUCGUGUUCGGGUUGCCCGAGUCUCCGAGAUACUGCUACAAGGAAGGUCGUCGCGACGAAGCACUGCAAAUCCUCAGUGAUGUUUACGGUCGUCCGAAAGAUGACCCGAAGAUCCUUGCUGAGCAGGCGGAGAUUCUGGAAGCCCUUGCUGUGGAGACGCAGCAUGGGGAGUUCCAGUGGAGAAACAUCCUCAAGCAUGACAAGGUCUCAACAGGCCAUCGAGUUCUUCUUGCCUACGGGAUGCAAUUCAUGAACCAAGUCGGCGGCAUCAAUCUCGUCGUCUAUUUCAUCCCCACCGUGCUGAACAGCAACGUCGGCCUCAGCAAGAACCUCUCCAUGAUCCUGGGAGGCUGUGUCCAGAUCAUGUUCGUGGUGGGCAGUAUAUUCCCGACCUUCUUCGUCGACCGGGUCGGUCGCCGAGCGCCCAUGAUUUGGGGCUCAUUCGGCCUGGGGAUUUGCAUGAUGAUGGUGUCCGUCCUGCUCAGCUUCAAAGGCCACGCCAACGAGCACGCGACCUCGUCCGCGGCGGUGGCUUUCUUCUUCCUCUACAUGCUCAUCUUCGGUGCCUCCGUCAACUGCAUCCCAUGGUGCUAUGUCCCGGAGAUCUUGCCUCUGCAUGCGCGCGCGAAGGGCACGGCUAUCGGGAUCUCGUCCAACUGGAUUUGGAACUUCUUCGUCGUCAUGAUUACGCCGAUCAUCAUCAAUCGCCUGCAGUGGAAAGCCUACCUCAUCUUCAUGUGUACGAACUUGGCCUUUGUCCCGCUGAUCUACUUCUGCUAUCCCGAGACAGCCAACUUUACCCUUGAAGAAAUAGAUUACUUGUUCACCAAUCCGGACAAGAGCGCGGUGCAAGCGUCCAAGGAGCUUGUGAAGGAGAGGAAGAGACACCGGACCGCGCCAUCGCACGUCGUCGUCUCCCAGGUGAGCCAGGUUGUCCAGCCCGGCAAAGAAAAGGGCCAUGAGAGCAUCACGUCGAGGGUCUCCGAUGAGCAUAUCGAAGAUGCACGCGGCUAGAAGGAGAUGCACAACGGGGGUAACUCUCUUUCUGUGAUGUGUUGAAGGUGACAGGGGCUACGCCAGUGCUGCUUUG